GGCCAGUCGUGGAAAGCGCUGAGCGCCAGCGACAAGCGUCCCUUCGUGGAAGAGGCAGAGCGCCUGCGAAUCCAGCAUCUCCAGGAUCACCCCAACUACAAAUACCGCCCAAGGAGAAAGAAGCAAGCCAAGAAAAUCAAGAGGAUGGAACCCAAUAUCCUCCUGCAUAACCUUUCCCAGCCUUGCAGUGACAACUUCAGCAUGAGUCACCAUGGCGGCAGCCAGCCGGGCCACCCCCAGCCUCCCCCACUUAACCACUUCAGAGAACUCCACUCCAUGGGGUCGGAUAUUGAAAACUAUGGCUUGCCAACUCCUGAGAUGUCUCCCUUGGAUGUCUUGGAACAGACCGAGCCGGCAUUUUUCCCCCCGCACAUGCAGGAUGACUGCAACAUGAUGCCCUUUCGCAGCUACCACCACCAUCACCAGAUGGAGUUUCCCCAGGAGAAGUGCAUGGGGCGGGACGUGGCCGUGCCCUACACUCAGACCCCCUCACACUUGGCCGACGCCAUGAGGACUCCCCAUCCCUCCAGCCUUUACUACAACCAGAUGUGCUCAGGAACUCAGAAUGGGCUUUCCGCCCACCUGGGCCAGCUGUCGCCCCCUCCUGAAGCCCACCACAUGGAGAGCGUGGAUCACUUGAACCAAACCGAGCUCUGGACAGACGUUGACCGCAAUGAGUUUGACCAGUAUUUGAACAUGAGCAGGACUCGUCCCGAAGCCUCGGGCCUCCCUUACCAUGUCUCCCUGUCCAAAGUGACUCCUAGAAGUAUCUCCUGCGAGGAGAGCAGUUUGAUAUCUGCCCUGUCCGAUGCCAGCAGUGCUGUUUACUAUAGCCCCUGCAUCACCGGUUAGGUUGACCCCACCAUCCAAUGCGUGCACCAGGAGAGCCCAGACUCUCCUCUAAAAAACAAAAAGCCAUCCUCCUUUAACCACGAGCUCCAUCAUAUUUAGAGUAUCUCAUUAAAUGCAUCGCUUUCUUGUUUGUUCUUUUUUUAUUUUGAUUUUUUUAAAAUUUUUUUUAGAGACAGACCAUGCUGAACUCACUGAUAUACCGUAUAACUAUAUAACACAGAUAGACGCCUUUCCCCGCCGUGCUCCCCGCUCCAGCCCUCGGCAGGGCACAUCUCCAGCUCCCACCAGCUCCAAGGGGCAUUUUCAAGUCAAUUCCAGUAAAUCCUGCCUGAAACAAUCACACCAGGAUGAGCCAAAUUGUGACCUGUCCCCAGUAUUUAACCCAAGGACAGGCAAACUUUUAGGGGGGAAAAAGCUUUUAGAAAGACUUUGCCGGGGCUGUUAAAGAGUCGGCGCCCAUUAGGGGUGGGCUUUAGGACAGUUUUUACUGUAUUCUCAGCAAUAUAUUUUAAUUGGGCAACAAAACUAUAUUUUUACUAAGCAUUUUUAUAUAUAAAAUGGUAUUUAAUGUCUUUUGGGGGUUUUUUUAUUAGACUUUUUAAAAAGAAAUCAAGGGAUAUCCAUGAGAUCUAAAGCAUUUAUGUAGCAAAGCUGGAUUUAAAGAAAAAAAAAAGGAAGGGGGGAAAAAAGGAGAUAUUUUGUGAAAAGGGAAUGCUAAUGUAAAUAUUGAGGAACAACUGACUGGAAUUUUGUACAAAAGAAAAAUAUGACUGCAAACACUUUUAUUGUCUAGAACUGUAUGGAGAGCAAACUGUUUUAUUCUGGUUAAUUAUUAAAACAUCUUCAUAUAAUUGUUCCCAUCUUGUGUGCUUGUUGUGUGAACACAUAUUUUCCGCAAAUACAUGUUGUCCCAACCA